AGAAACAGUCCAUUUCGUUUGUUUUGAUUAGACGUCUGGCUGAACUGCGGUAGCAGCACGUUACUUUUUGUUAGUUUGGUGUCUUUGACUGGGAAGAUAAAAUGGGAAUUCAAGAUAAGGAACGAUCGGAGAACCUGCCUUGGGUGGAAAAAUACAGGCCAAGUACACUACAGGAGCUUGUUUCACAUGAAGACAUCAUAGCUACUAUAAAGAAGUUUAUCGAAGAGGACCAUCUUCCACAUCUACUGUUUUAUGGCCCACCAGGUACAGGGAAGACUUCUACUAUUCUAGCUUGUGCUCGGCAGUUAUAUUCACCCAAAGAGUUCACAUCUAUGGUAUUAGAGUGCAAUGCAUCAGAUGAUCGAGGUAUUGGUGUUGUUCGACAACAGAUCCUCAGUUUUGCUAGUACACGCACCAUAUUUAAGUCUGGAUUCAAGCUGAUUAUUCUAGAUGAAGCAGAUGCUAUGACCAAUGAUGCACAAAAUGCUCUCAGAAGAAUCAUUGAAAAAUUCACUGAUAAUUGCCGGUUUUGCUUCAUCUGCAACUACCUGGGUAAAAUUAUACCUGCUAUUCAGUCCAGGUGUACACGAUUCAGAUUUGGGCCACUGUCUCCAACUCAGAUUGUUCCAAGACUUGAUUAUGUCAUUGAGAAAGAAAAUGUAAAAGUAACUGAAGAUGGUAAAAAGGCCUUACUGGCACUCUCAGGGGGAGAUAUGAGGAGAGUUCUCAAUAUUCUUCAGUCGACAUCAAUGGCAUAUGAUGAGGUGAAUGAAGACAAUGUUUAUACAUGUGUAGGUCAUCCUCUUCGCUCAGAUAUAACAAAUAUGAUCAACUGGAUGUUGAAUGAAAGAUUUGACACAGCCUACAAAAACGUGAUGCAUCUUAAAACAACAAAGGGACUUGCUCUACAGGACAUUCUGACAGAGUUUCAUCUGUACAUUCAUAGAAUUGAUUUCCCAGUUGAGGUACGCAUUCACCUGAUGGAAAAACUUUCCGAUAUAGAGGUUAGAGUAGCUGAUGGAGCAUCAGAAAAAAUCCAGUUGUCAGCAGUUUUAGCAGCCUUCACACAAGCUAAAAAAAUGAUUGCCGACAAAGCCACUUGAUUUAUUCCUGUUGAAUUAUACUUAAGAAUUCCACUGCAUAGGUUAAAAUACAAUUUUUUCCAAUAAAUUA